UUUUAUGAGAAAUCAAAAGCAGUGGAAGCCAACGCUAACAGGCCAGCGUUUUAAGACUCGAAAGAGAGAUGAAGAGGAGAGAUUUGACCCUACACAGUUUCAGGAGAGCAUUGUACAAGGAUUAAAUCAAACUGGCACUGAUUUAGAGGUGGUUGCCAAGUUCCUAGAUUCCUCUGGAGCCAAGCGCGAUUAUUGUCGCCAUGGAGAAACCCUGUUUGAUAUCCUGGUAGCUGGUGGAAUACUUGCUCCGGGAGGUGCCUUAUCUGACGACAUGACUCGGACUAACUUCUGUCUCUUCACAGCACCAGAAGAUGUUAAGACCAUGAAAGCAUAUGCUCAGGUAUUUAAAGUUAACAAGUUAAUUCUCCAGGUACUAAACAAGUACCUGGAGAAAGGGUUUGAAGAGGAGAUUAAAAAGCUGCUCCCGUUUUUAAAAGGGUUCAGUGAGUCUGAGCUACUCAAUGACUGCAUAUAG